AUGCUCUCUGCCUUCAUGUUAUUCCUCUCUGCCGUUGUUGUGGCUCUCCUCGCGGGUCCGGAUCCAGCCGUUGCGGCGAUCCCCUCUACCCUACAGAGCAUCUUGAAAAACACUCACGGCAGCAAAGAAUAUGGAUAUCCCACCGAUCUAACAAGAGACCUCUUACCUAUCCCUGUUCAUUCUCAUAAUGACUAUUGGCGAGAUGAGCCUUUCUAUACCGGUCUCUCGCAUGGCUGCAUGUCCACCGAAGCUGAUGUUUGGCUAUACAACGGCACACUUUAUGUUGGUCACGAUGAAUCUGCCCUGACGGAGUCACGAACUCUGGAAUCCUUGUAUAUCAAUCCCAUUCUGGACGUCCUGGAGCGCCAGAAUCCCGAUAGUCCAUUUAUAUCAUCACGUACUAAAAAUGGCGUGUGGGAUACUGUUCCCGACCAAACGCUUUACUUGUUCAUUGAUGUGAAGACGUCCGGUCCCGAGACGUUCGAGGCUGUAAUUGAUGCUUUAGAACCUCUACGAGAGAAGGGCUAUCUUACUACCGUCAGGGGUGGCAAGACCGUUGCCAAUGGACCCGUCACUGUCAUUGGCACGGGAGAGACACCGUUCGACAUGGUUGCGCCCGUCAAAGACCGAGACUACUUUUUCGAUGCGCCUCUCGCGGAUCUCAAAAAUCCCAAAUACGCUGAUGUAACUGGCGUUGUCUCGCCUGUCGCUUCAACCGAUUUCCAGGAAGCCGUCGGCAAGAUAACUGUCGAUACGGACCCAAUCCUCUUAGACGACCAGCUCAAAGCUCUCCGAGACCAGAUUGCCACCGCAAAUGAGCGCGGGAUUGGUGCGAGAUAUUGGAACACGCCGUACUUCCCGGUCCGUGCACGAAACCUUGUCUGGAGGACUCUUUUGAGGGAAGGGGUCAUUCUGCUCAAUGUCGAUGAUCUAGAUGCUGUGGCGUCUUACUUUUAA